CGGGGCGGCCAUGGCGCUGUACGAGCUGUUCGCCCACCCGGUGGAGCGCGGCUACCGGGCCGGGCUGGGCUCCAAGGCGGCGCUGUUCCUGCUGCUGGCCGCCGCCCUCACCUACGGCCCGCCGCUGCUCCUGGCCUUCCGCAGUCACGGGUUUUGGCUGAAGCGGAGUAGCUACGAGGAGCAGCCAACAAUCCGGUUUCAACACCAGGUGCUGUUUGUGGCCCUGCUGGGCCCGGCUCCCGGCGACUUUCUAGCAUGGAGCACCUUUCCCACUUUCAACCGGUUGCAGGGGGCAAGACUUCGGGUCCCACUGGUGUCCACCAGAGAAGAAGACAAGAACCAGGACGGGAAGAUGGACUUACUCCAUUUUAAAAUGGAGCUUCCACUGCAGGCUUCCGAGCAGGUCCUCGGUGUUCAGCUCAUUCUGACCUUCUCCUACCAACUGCACAGGAUGUCAACAUUUAUGAUGCAGAGCAUGGCUUUUCUGCAGUCCUUCUUCCCUGUCCCGGGGGCUCAGCUGUAUGUGAAUGGAGACUUGAAACUGCAGCAGAAGCAGCCCUUGAGCCAUCGUGGGCUAGAUGUCAGAUACAAUGUUCCUGUGAUCAAUGGGACAAGCCCUUUUGCAAGGGACUUUGACCUCACAAAUAUUGCUGCCACUUACCAGGAGAGGAAUGUGACAACCGUCCUGUCUGAUCCCAACCCCAUCUGGCUGGUGGGAAGGGCCGCAGAUGCACCGUUUGUGAUUAAUGCCAUCAUCCGAUACCCCGUGGAAGUGAUUUCUUAUCAACCAGGCUUCUGGGAGAUGAUUAAGUUUGCCUGGAUCCAGUACAUCAGUAUUCUGCUUGUCUUCCUCUGGGUGUUUGAAAGAAUCAAAAUCUUUGUGUUCCAGAAUCAGGUGGUGACAACAAUACCCGUAGCGCCGACGUUCCCAGUGGUGUCUUACAAAGAGCACCUGUCAUAAGAGAUAGGAUUCUGGCCCUGAAUGGGACUCCACGGGGGCCCAUCUACCUCACGAUUAUUUUCCAAGGAUCUUCAUUCCGUCCCAUCUGUGAAGGCGGUUUCUGCGGGACCGUGGGCUAGUUCGUUUUUGACGCUGAUAGUGACGUAGGAUCCCGCCAACUGAUUUUUACCAUGCCGGGCAAAUGCGGAGUUUUCCGGUCUCCAAGAUAACGAGAUAAUUGGAGUAGUCCCUUAGGAUCUCUGCCACCGUUUUGCCAACGGUAAAAUGCGCAGAAAGAAACUGGUACAGAUUCAGUCGUAUUUAUCGAUCGCUUACUGUGUGCAGAGCACUGUACUAAGCGCUUGACGUUUCAGAUCUUGGCAACAAUCCAGCCUUUGACUAAUGAAGGCAUUUCCUUUUUGAAUUUGAAGAACACAAGCUAUGCAUUUUCCCUUAAAAACCCUUUAUUUGCUUAUGUUACCCUCUGUAGAGUUCUUUUUUGAUAGGUAUGUAAAUCACCGGUACUCUGCUUUCACUGUAUGUAUAGACUCACUACCCCUAACUCUAUGUUCCAGAGUUACAAGGCCCUUGACUGGGAACAGAUAUUUAUUUCUGUGGGAACUGGGGACAAUAAUGAUAUACAGUUCAGUAGGCAGUUAGAAAUGAUCGAUCUAGUUGACUAGAUUUUUAUUCAAGGAAUCUUGCUUCCUUAUAUCCUUCAGUUUACUGCUGUCUCAAAUUAGUUGCUGAAGGUAAAAGGGUCAUUUUAUUUACAGUAGUCGGGCUACUGCUAAAGAAAAUUGGGAUUGUAACAACUUCUCUUACUUCUGCUCACUAUUAGUAAGAAUUGGUUCUUACUGGUUGUAACACUUCCUUGGCCACGUGAGAUUAAUAUGUAGAGAUGAAUUCUUGUCCAGGGCUUUAGGAAGUGUAUCAACAUUCGCAAACCGAAGCUCAGCCAUCCUGAGAUAAAUGUCUGUGUUCUCUGAAGGACAAAGACAUUUGCUUUGUGUCUUCAGGAGUGGGAGGACUUCCCCUUCCAUCGCUUGCACUCUUUGGUCAAAACUGGGGGAUUAUUUUUUAAGAGGGUUUUUUUUCAGUGGAUAGUGGGACUAUCCAUUUUUACAAGAAUCCACACAGUCCAAAGCAAGCAUCCAUCACCAAAGAACAAAUUGAAAGGAUUGGCGCAGGUGGAAAAAUCGAUGGCUAGGGAUCCAUUUCCUAUCCAUUUUUACAAGAAUCUAUACAGGCCAAAACAAGCAUCCAUCACCAAAGAACAAAUUGAAAGGAUUGGCGCAGGUGGAAAAAUCGAUGGCUAGGGAUCCAUUUCCUAUGAGUCCUCCGUCAGCGCGGCUCCAGGAACUCUAAUAAAGCAGUAUAUCUGCCUGAGUGGUAAUCACAGCUAACUUUUCUACCCCUGAUAACUUCUAGCCCUGACUCCAAACCCUACUGCUACCCUGGUACGCUCUGAGAAAAACAAAGUCUUGUUAUGGAGAGAACUGUAUUAUUCACAGCGUAUUAUCAGCGCCAGCCUAUCCAUUUCUAAAUCUGGUUGGUAGGGAGGGAGGAAGGUGAUGGCGUAGUGGAGGAAAUCACUGCAUGACCCCACCAAGGAAAAGUCAUCGAGUCUAAGGUUAAAUAAAUCUAAAUUCUCUUCCUGGUUGUUCUUAGCAGGUGAAGGACCGCAAAUAACUCCAGAUAAAAUGCACCUCGUAUAUUAGCAGAUCAGGAAUAAGAUCAAAUACAGAUCCUAAGGCAGAGUGUAAAUCUGACCCGUUCAAAAGCCAUCCCCAAGGAAGCAAUCUUACAGAAAACAAAAUGCUUGUUGUUUAUUACCUCACACAGAGUUCAGCCGAUCUAAAAAUUAUUAUGAUUAAAAAAGAAAUGUAAAUGCAAAA